UUAAUUUAAGGGGGGGCAAACGCGAGGGGGGGAAUAAACCGAGGCCGCGACACAAACCGUGGCACAAGCGAGAAAAGCGGCGCAUUGAGCUUUCGGGAGCUUUUCACCGGCGCGGCAUUUUUCAAUCACGACGACUUGUGUUAUUAUUGUUUUUAACAAUAAAAUUAACAUAAAAAAAUAUUUUACUUCUAUAACUCGCUGAAUACUAACUGAAUUUAAUCGAGAAAUAAUGUAUGGACAAAAGUGUAUCUAGAAUUUAAAAUUUAAAAGCAAAGUAUUAUAUACCAGUGAACUAUGUCUCUCGGCAAGCAGCCCGCUGAGCACAUCAAGCGGCCCAUGAACGCGUUCAUGGUGUGGUCGCGCGGCCAGCGCAGGAAGAUGGCGCAAGACAACCCUAAGAUGCACAACUCAGAGAUCUCGAAACGUCUCGGCGCCGAGUGGAAACUGCUUACGGAGAUGGAGAAACGACCCUUCAUUGACGAAGCAAAGAGGUUAAGAGCACUACAUAUGAAAGAGCAUCCUGACUACAAAUACCGGCCACGGAGGAAACCCAAGGCGCUGGUGAAGAAGGAACCGAAGUUCGGCUUCGGCAUCAGCGGUCUUAUGGCGCCGGUGCCGCGGCUCUUGCCUCCCUCCCUGCCGCACCCUGUGCCGCAACUUCCCGUACCCCACCACCUGCUGCCCGACAAACCCGACCUCGGCAGGGCGCUGUUUCCGCCACUACCCUAUCCUUUCUAUCCCUUUGCGAAGUUACCCUCGGAUGAUGGGAAGUUGGCUGCUGAGCUGGCGCAUUUACAGGCACUAUACGGUGGCGCGCUGUACAGUAGCGCUUUCUACAGCAACGCCCUCUCCCCCUGCGGCUGUCCCCCGAGGAGGUCGCCCUCCCCUCCCCCGGACGUCAAGCGCCCCGUCGCCUACGUACUCAUGAAGAGCGACGAGGAACCGCCCCAGCAUGUUAUAUGAAGGCCAGUGCCGCUCCCGGCCCGGCCCCUGCCGCACUGGGAGCGUCCCUCCACUUCCAUGCAGGAGAGAGACAGCCCUGACAGUGUAUAAGGUGAGAAAAUUGAGACAUCGAUUUUCCUCAGGACAUUAGUGGUGUACUCAAGGGAAGAGACAACCCUAAUCGUAUGAGAAAACCAAGCAAUUCUCGUGAGAUUGACAGCCCUGGUAGUGUAAAACUGUUGAAGACAUUAGUGGUGAAAAACUUUAGUUCUUACAUGGGGGGAUUAAAAAGGCCCGACAGUGUGGGAUAGGACUGAACUGUUUGUGUUGUUGACAAGUCCGACUAACAUUUUUUGUGAAAUGGUCCUUAAUUGUGGUUGUCGCUGUUGAAUCUAUUGACAAUAUCAUUGGUAUUUGACAGUGGAAGUAUCAAGUGUUAAUUACUUUAGUGUAAAGUUUUAUGACGUAGCCGAUCCGAAGUGUUCUUCCAAUGGGAUAUGUGUAAUCAUAGCUAAGCAUUUAAGUUUUUAUUAAACUCGUAUAGAAUAUCGAUGUUAUAUUUUGAAUUAGUAAGUGGAAAUAAACUAUAGAUUGAUUUUAAAUGGCUAAAACUAUAGUAGUGCCAAUUUAUUAAGAUCUUAUUUGACAUCCAUCCUUUAGCUUUUAGCCAUAAUUUAGUUUCAUAUUGAAGAGACCUGCUUAAAACAUUGAUUAAAGCAAAUCAAUUCGAUUUCAAACACAUAUGAUUUGAAUUCAGUUUUUUGUAACAUCCCCAGUGUUUUAAAAUUAAAAGGGUUCUAUGACGCAACAUUGUAACGGCGUUCAAUACUUCUUAUGUAUAAUACAAUAAAAUAUGUAAUUUGAAAAAGGUGAUUGUACAGUUCUAAAUUCAAAAAAUAAAUAAUAUUUUAUCCCGCCGUUACAAGGUUAGGUUAUUGAAUUAUGAUGUAGCGUCAAAUAAAAUCUAUUAAAUUGGCCCCGCAAUAGUGUGUUUAUUGCGCUUCAAAAUACUCUGUAAAAGUUUGUCAUAUUUCGUUGUUUUAGUAUAAUAAUAAUCGUGUUUAUUAUUUCAU